AUGUUGGAGAUAACAUCAACCUACCGACAAAACAACCAUCUGUCGAUAUUCAAAAUGUCUAACGCAGAACUCGCCAGCUCUUACGCCGCGUUGAUCCUCGCCGAUGACGGUGUCGAUAUCACUGCCGACAAAUUGCAAACCCUCAUCAAGGCCGCCGGUAUUGAAGAUGUUGAGCCAAUCUGGACCUCAUUGUUCGCCAAGGCUCUCGAGGGAAAGGAUGUUAAGGACCUUUUGUUGAACGUCGGAUCCGGUGGUGGAGCCGCUCCAGCUGCUGCUGGUGCCGCUGCCAGCGGUGACGCCUCCGCCCCAGCUGAGGAGAAGAAAGAAGAGAAAGAAGAGGCCAAGGAGGAGUCAGACGAGGAUAUGGGUUUCGGUCUCUUCGAUUAA